AUGCACCACACCCUCUUCGUCCUCGUAUACCCUUCACGUCUAUUCGCUGCGCAUUGGUCUUUCUGGCUGCCUUAUGACGAUGCCAGCAACCACAUCGGCGACCGCGUUCACGUGACAGGCGAUCGCCUCGGCGGAUUCCAGUAUGAAUACAUCCGCAACUACGAUGUCAGCGAGGACGACAGGCACCCCAAGGCCCUGCCUAUCGGGAUUGUGUCGGACACACACUUGAGCAAAGCAAGCAAGGACGAAAACCUCGCUCCAAGCGAAAAGGGUCAGCAAGACGCUGAGCAUGUCGCUUUCAAUGCGUUUGACGAGGCUUGUAGAGAGGUACCAGCACCCGGACCCAGCUUCAACAAGGUGAACAGGUCAGAUGCUGCCAAGGCGCCUGGAGCGCCUCCCAAGAAAGCAGAGGUCAAAGACUGCCAGUGGUGGAUCAAGGAGGCUGCUUCGCAUAUGGUGAAAACGGGAAUGCUGUUAUCCUUGGAGGAAGAAGACGGGAAGGAGUCUCCGAUCCGCCUGCCACGCCAUUGA